GAAAAUCCAAUCUUAUGGAUGCUAUUUCAUUUGUUUUGGGAAUUAAAUCGGCACAAUUACGUUCUUCACAGCUUCGAGAUCUUAUAUAUCGAGGCCGAGCCAUGCAAGACGAAGAUGAAGGCGACGAUGGUAUGGCGCUUGAAUGGCGUGCAAAUAAUCCAAAGCGGGCAUGGGUGAUGGCUGUCUACAAAGAUGAUAACGGAAAUGAAAUAAAAUUUCAUAGAAGUGAAUACAAAAUUGACAACAAAGUUGUUACCUAUGCAAAAUAUAAUCAAGCCUUAGAACAACAAAAUAUAUUGGGUGAUGUAGAGGCUAUCGCAUCACAAUCCCCAAAAGAUUUAACUAGAUUGAUCGAACAAAUCAGCGGAUCAUUGGAAUUAAAGGCUGAUUAUGAACAGUUAAAAAUCCAGCAAGAACGCGCAACUGAAAAUUCAGCAUUCAACUUUAACAAAAAACGCGGGAUAAAUCAAGAUAUACAAGAAUAUCAGAGGCAAAAGGCCCAGGCACAGCAAUUUGAAAAACUACAGAAUGAAAAAAUGCGAAUUUUAGUGGAUUAUCUUUUAUGGAAGCUCUAUCAUAUACAAGGAAAUAUUGAUGAAUGUCGUGAACAGAUAGAUAGUCAUAAUGAAAUUAUUAGAGAAAAACAGCAAGUACAGAAAAAAUAUGAUGCAGAUCACAAACAAGCUCGAUUGGAACAAGCAGAAAUUCACAAAAAACAUUAUAGGAUGGAGAAAGAGAUCCAAUUGAAAGAAAAAGAAUUAGAAGAAAAGCGCCCGGUGCUAUUAAAGAUGGAUGAAAAAAUCACCUAUUCUAAUAGAAAAUUAACUCAAAUGGAAGAAAAUGCUGAGAGAAUUCGAAAAGAUUAUGAUCAAGAAUUACAGCUAGAAUUAGAACAUGUCACGAGAGCUGAAGAUGAUUAUGAAGUUUACGAAAAACAACAAUUAGAAAAUCUCCGCAGACAAGAAAAGACAUGUCGUGAAUCUACACAGAGAUUGAAAGAGAAGAUGGAGGAUUUGGAUAGACGUCGAAAUCAACUAGAGGAAGAGAAAUUGGCUCUUACGGAUCAUAAAGAGAAGGUAUCUGCUAACGUGCUGCAGUUACAAUCCGAUAUUGAUCAAUCUAAAAAAGAACUUCACGCUGCUGCUACAGAGCGUGAAUCUAUUAACCAACAAGAAAUUCAGCUAAAUCGUGAAUUACAAGAAAUACUCAAUCAACUUACUGUGGCAAGUGUAGACCAGAGAGAAUCAGAACGAGAACAAAGAAUGAAAGAAUGUUUAGAAAGCUUGAAGAGAGUAUUUUCUGGUGUGCAUGGACGUCUUCUUGAUUUAUUUUCUCCUACUCAGAGAAAAUACGCAGUACCUGUAUCUAUCAUCCUUGGAAGGAACUUGGAUGCAAUUAUUGUUGAUCAACAAAAAAUUGCUAUUGAAUGCAUACAGUACAUGAGAGAACAACGUCUUGGUCAUGCUACAUUUAUCCCACUUGAUACAAUUGUAGUCAAAUCAAUAAAUGACAAAUACCGUAGUAUCAUGAAGGGCGCAAGAUUAGCAAUAGAUGUUAUUACCUACAAUGAUAAACUUGAACGCGCAUUUCAAUAUGCCUGUGGCAAUACUUUAGUAUGCGAUACAUUAGAAAUUGCUAAACACAUAUGUUACGAAAAAAACCAGCAAGUCAAAGCUGUCACCCUUGACGGUACUAUUAUUCAUAAAAGUGGGUUAAUUACCGGUGGUCAUAGUGAUGAUAUUAUUUCUGGUGCAAAACGAGUAACCGAAAAAAAACGUGCAGAUAGAAAUUUUGAAGAACAAAAAAAAAGUGAGAUUUCUGGCUUAGAGUCAAGGCUGGAAUUUUCUCAACAAGAUUUGACAAUAUCCACAGCAAAACUUGCAGCUAUCAAUGACGAAUUGAUUUUUAUUUCAAACGAAGCUGCACAACUUUUGCCAACUUUAGAAGAGUCACAAAACGAACUUGUUGGUCUCGAUGCACAAGUUAGUCAAUGUGAGAAUAACAUAAACGAGAAAGAAGAUUCUAUUUUUCAAGAAUUCUGCCGGAAGAUCGGAGUUUCAAACAUUAGAGAUUAUGAACAACGGCAAUUAAAAAUGGCUCAGGAGAUUGCAGAAAAAAGAUUAAAAUUUACAACCCAAAAAUCUCGGCUUCAAAAUCAAUUGAAAUUUGAAACAGAACAAAAAAAAGAAACAGAGGAUCGAUUAAAUAGACUCGAAUCAACUAUUCAGGAUGAAUCAGAUAGACUCUCCCAAUUCGAAGACGAAAAAAAACAAUUGUUAGAUGAUAAAAAACGUAUUUCGGAUGAGAUUUCUGAAAAACAAAGGGUUCUCAGUGAGAUUAAAAAUGAACAUGAAGUUAAGACUGCUGCAGUCACUUCUUCAAAACGACAAUUGGUACAAAUAUCUAAAGAAAUUGACAGAUUGAUGAAAGAAAUUGUUAGCAAGGAAUCGGACAUUGAAAAGCUGGAAGCUGAUCGAUUCUCGAUAUUUCGCAAAUGUAAAUUAGAAGAAAUAGACAUACCACUUUUGAGAGGAUCUCUUGAUGAUGUCUUAACGAAAGAUUUG